CACAGCAAUGGCCACAAGUGUCCCGACUGUGCCUGGACAAAACUCCCUGCUGCGGCUGGAGACGGUCCUGUGAGGACCCGGGAGAGACACAGAGCUGCCCCUGAGAGUCUGUAUGUGAAUAUAACUUGUCUCCAGAGUAUUGGACUGUAAAGGAAUAACCGUUUAUAACCUGAAGCCGUUCCGCUGACUAUCUUUGAAGUGGGUAACAGAUAACAGAAAGAACACAGAGGACGACAUCCUCCGCUGAUGUGCUAUGGCCUCUGAUUUGAGCUGUGCCUCGAAUGACUCAAGCAGAUCUCAGUAAACUCUGGGGUGUACGCCGCUGCAGCCGGGAUGAUCAUGUCCCAUAUGAACGGUUAUGUGCAAGAGGCCUCUGGUCAGGCCAGGAGCCACAGGGAGAGGGCGGUGGACUGUCCAAUGGAUGAGAGCAGCCUUGUCAAAUCUCCACAGAGCAGCGCCCACCUGGAGAGGAUUCAGCACUACCAAGAAGAGUUGAGGAAGAGGAGAGAGGAGGACAGCAGGGGGAAACAUGAAUUUGACCCCAACGCUUCGCUGAGGCUCAAGAAGCUGUCACAGAACCCCAAAGUGGGCAUUGACAAUCCCACCUUCGAGGGGAAGGAAAAGGCUACCAAAGACACGUGCUCCCAGGAUCCUGCAGCCGACCUGGCGGAGGUGCUGCAGGCCCUGAAGUGGGCGAAGCACUGCCUGACUGAUGCGCAGAGCCAGCAGGAUGUGGAGCUGAUAAUGCAGCUUCUUGCCAAGGAGGACUUCAGGAAUGCCUACACCAUUUACAGCGCUGUAUCCCAGCAGAUGACCAAAGUCAGUCCCACCUCACCCCUCACAGCACAAGCAGGGGAUCUCUGCCAGGAGGUCCAGAAGAUUCUCCAGUCCAGCCAACAGAAGGAGGGUCUGGAGCUCAAAGCUCUGCUCACCAAUCCUCAUCUCCAGGCACUGAUGCAGGCCCAUGACAGUGUGGCAGGGCAGGAAAUGGCAGAGGUAGAUGUGGCCCAGUACCUUGGAGAGACGGUUAAACUGGUGCGGCUGGAGAAGGCUCGGGACACUCCACUGGGUGCAACAGUACGUAACGACAUGGACAGUGUAGUGGUGAGUCGUGUAGUGAAAGGUGGAGCAGCAGAGCGGAGCGGCCUUCUCAGUGAGGGAGAUGAGAUCCUGGAGAUCAACGGGGUUUCCAUUCGUGGGAAACAUGUCAAUGAAGUACACGAUUUACUGCAACAAAUGCACGGCACUCUGACCUUCCUCCUCAUCCCGAGCUCUCAGAUUAAACCUGCCCCGCACAGACAGACUGUGAUGCACGUACGAGCUUACUUCGACUACGACCCCUCCGACGACCCCUUCGUGCCGUGUCGGGAGCUGGGCCUGUCCUUCCAGAAGGGAGACAUCCUCCAUGUCAUCAGCCAGGACGAUCCCAACUGGUGGCAGGCCUACAGGGACGGAGAUGAGGACAACCAGCCUCUGGCUGGACUCGUUCCAGGGAAAAUGUUCCAGCAACAGAGAGAGACCUUGAAGAAAACUAUAACAGACAGGAGUCGAGAGCACCAAGGGAAGCUUUGGUAUGCAAAGAAAAGCAAGAAACAGAGGAAGAAGAGCACGUCUACCUUGAGCAAGAAUUCUGACUACGAUGACAUCCUGACAUAUGAGGAGAUGUCGCUUUAUCACCAGCCCGCCAAUCGUAAACGCCCCAUCUCUCUGAUUGGUCCAACGAACAGCGGUCAUGAUGAGCUGCGCCGGAGGCUUCUGGCCCUCGAGCCAGAAAAGUUUGCCGUUGCUGUUCCUCACACAACCAGAAACUCAAGGAUACACGAGAGGAAUGGGCGCGAGUACCAUUUUGUGAGCCGGUCUGCCUUUGAAGCCGACUUGGCGACGGGGAAGUUCAUUGAGUCGGGGGAAUAUGAGAAGAACUUGUACGGCACCAGCACCGACUCAGUGCGACACGUCAUCAACUCUGGACGCAUCUGUUUGCUCUGCCUGCACACCAGGUCACUGCGGGUGUUGAGGUCCUCCAAUCUCAAGCCAUAUGUCAUCUUCAUCGCUCCUCCUUCUCAGGAACGACUACGCACCCUGCUGGCCACAGAGGGGAAAACACCAAAGCCCGAGGAGCUAAAGGAGGUCAUCGAAAAGGCCCGCGAGAUGGAGCACAAUUAUGGCCACUUCUUCGAUGCAACCAUCGUGAACAUGGAUCCGGACCAGGCUUUCAGCGAGCUGCGCAGGCUGAUAGACAAGCUGGACACUGAGCCACAGUGGGUGCCCACCUCCUGGCUGUGCUAGAGGUCAUGGGGUGUCAACGCAGGGAGCCUCAGGGUAGGAGGAGUCAAACAGAAAUGAAUGUUCCUGGAGUUUGAAAGAUGAAGGAUGGACAGUGCUGGUUGUCACUGGAUUUUCACUUGCACAUUCUCCUCGUUUAUAGAAGAGGUGAUCUUUAUCGCGUGACGCAGGGAUGGACUCAAGUUUCUUACUUUUCUUCUCGUUGACUGUGUGUGUGUCUCUGUGAGUUCUUUUUCUCUGUUUAUUGUUGAUCUCAGUUUUAUGCAAAGUAUCAAACACAUAGAAAUGUUUCUAUCCAGUUCUUAAUAGUUAUUUAUAAUUGUAAAUAUAUAUUUUCUAGACGAAAGGAUAAAAUAUUUUAUUGUUACAUUUUGUUUGUUUGUGAUAUACGAAACGGACACUCACCUGGCAGAGUGUUAUCGUCACAAUUAAAAGGCAGUAAACCAAAAGCUUUGUAGAAACCAAACAGGAGAGGAGCACUGCGGUGUAACGUCUUCCAUUCAGAAACCACAGAAGAAGAAUCUGCUGUAACCUGCACAGUUUCGAGGUACGUCCUCCACACCAGUGUCAGUAUUUUGUGUCGUCUCAUGUCUCAUUUACGCUGUGAUAACAGACCUCAAAUCAGUAUUGUCUCUAGCUGGUUAUCGUUAGUCAGUAUAUCAGGCUGCAAAGUGCUGCUGAGACUGUUGGAUUUUUUUUACCAGUAUUGUAAGAAAAAAAAAAACAUCUCGUCAGUUAGUGUAACUCCAACAAUUACAGUUUUGCUUCUUUGCAGGGUACUUGUUAAAUCAUAAGCACAACUCUGGAACAGUGUUAAUAAAAUCAGAUACAUGAUA